AACCUUGCCCACUUUGAUUGAGAUAAAUGAAGAUGAAAAUUGAGUGAAAAUUACAUUAUACAUUUUUUACAGUUUUCGAUUAAAGGAACAUGAUUUUUCUGAACGAUAGUAAAUAAAAAGUGAUAAUAUAAAUGAAAAUCGACAGAAAUAACUUUGUAAAUUGUGUUAACUCGAGAGGGGAAGAGAAUUUUUAAAAUUUUCUUACAGGAAAGAAUGUUGACGACCAAAAAUUGUCAAAGAAAAAAAAUGCAGGUAUCUUUUGUUAUUCGAGACGCAGAGGAAAAACAGCAUAGAAACGGUGUGAACGCUUUGCAGUUGGAUUAUAAUAAUGGGAAAUUAUACUCAGCUGGACGAGAUGCUAUUAUCCGAGUAUGGAAUACUAAAACUGAAUCUAAUGAAAAAUACAUACAGUCCAUGGAACACCAUAAUGACUGGGUGAACGAUAUUGUGCUCUGUUGCAAUGGACGAAAUUUGAUCAGUGCAAGUUGCGAUACUACCGUGAAGGUGUGGAAUGCACAAAAAGGAUUUUGUAUGUCCACUUUACGCACGCAUAGGGACUAUGUGCAGGCACUAGCUUAUGCAAAAGAUCGAGAACAAGUUGCAAGUGCAGGUCUGGAUAAAGCGAUAUUUUUAUGGGAUGUUAAUACGCUUACCGCAUUAACUGCUAGUAAUAACACCGUAACAACUUCAAGUCUUACCGGUUCAAAAGAUUCAAUUUAUAGUCUUGCGAUGAAUCCUUCAGGAACAAUUAUAGUAAGUGGUUCUACCGAAAAUAUCUUGCGUAUUUGGGAUCCUCGUACAUGUACUCGAAGCAUGAAACUACGUGGGCACACUGAAAAUGUCCGCGCACUUGUUGUUUCACCGGAUGGCACUCAAAUAAUUUCAGGAAGCUCAGAUGGUACGAUCAAAAUAUGGAAUAUAGGACAGCAGCGUUGUGUCCAAACAAUACAUGUUCAUAAAGAAGGUGUUUGGUCACUUUUAAUGAAUGAAAGUUUUCAAUAUGUAAUUUCGGGUAGCCGAGACAGACAUAUUAUUGUUACAGAGCUUCGUAAUCCAAGUAACUCGGUCGUAGUAUGUGAAGAACAGGCACCAGUUCUAAGUCUAUGCUACAAUAUUGAUAAGACAGGUGUAUGGGCAACAACAUGGAACUCAGAUAUUCGUUGCUGGAAACUUCCAUUCUUUGAUAAAACAUCUCUUACGUCCAGUGGAGGCAUGGAUGCAGUAUGGUCGUUUUCUGGGAGCGGUACCGAGUUAGCAAACAUUAAAGGUUCGUUUUUAAAAAACGGUUUUAGUUUUAAAUUUUCUAACACUAUUAUUAAUAUGAGCAUAGGUGGUGCAGCUAUUAAGAAAUGCAGCGUGUUAAAUGACAAAAGACAUAUCGUUACUAAAGAUACUGAAGAUAAUGUCGCUAUAUAUGAUAUUUUACGUAUUUUAAAAAAAGAAGAUUUGGGUAAAGUAGAGUUCGAAGAAGAAACUAAAAAAAGAAAUAAGCAGGUCUAUAUUCCAAAUUGGUUUACUGUUGAUCUUAAGACAGGGAUGCCAACUAUAGUAUUAGGGCAAGAUGAGAUUGAUUGCUUUUCAGCAUGGGUUUCAAUUGAAGCUGGGCUACCAGAGUGUGCAGAACCAACAUCUGAAAUUAAGAUUAAUUACGGGAAAUUACUUCUUGAGGCUUUAUUAGAACAUUGGACACCACCGCAUAGUUUGCCUCAAAAUGAGUUAGAGCCUGAUGUGAGAGGAAAUGGGUAUUUCCAAGUUCCGAAACAUACCCCAGUUAUAUUCAGUGAAGUAGGUGGACGUACAGUUUGUCGUUUAUUAGUUCGUGAUGCUGCUGGAGAAAGUGAGAGUACUCUUUUACAUGAGACUGUUCCACAGUGGGUAACGGAUGUUGUUAUAGAGAAAACAAUACCAAAAUUCUUGAAGAUUCCAUUUUUCUUGCAACCACAUCCACAAAUGGUUAAACCAGAGCGUACUAAAAAGGAUCGUCUUGUCGCAAAUGAAUUUAUACAAUGUCGAAAAGUCUGUGAGCAUGUGUUAGAAAAAGUUAUUGGAUGUGAAAGUACUCCCAGUGGGGGAAAUUCGUCACAAAAUAGUCAAAGUGAUGCAAAUUCUGAAGGUUCUCAAGUACCCGCAGAAGAUCGUAUUGAGUUAUGGUGCAAUGAUGUGGUCGUUGAUCCUAAUAUGGAUUUACGUACUGUACGUCAUUUCAUAUGGAAACAGUCAACUGAUUUAACGUUCCAGUAUAAAACAAAACCAAAUUUUAGUUAUGACGGCAAAUUAUGAAAAAGUAAUUUGUGAAUUCCAAAAUUUUUACUCAUUCAUCGCUACAAUGAAAUCUCUAGAAAUAGUAGAAGAUAUCUGUGUUUCUUUUUAUUUUAUUUAUUAAUCUGUUAUUCAAAACUUAUUUUACAGUUAAAUAUGAUCUUAAGUAUGUGUAAUUAGCUAUAUAUAAUAUUAACAGCCAUUAUUACAUUUGGUUUUAAAUAGUGUUAGAAACAAAAAGUGUCUAAUUUAAAAUUUAUGUAAAGUGUAUCAGUAG